GAUGAGGCACGCACUUGCUUAAUACUCGUUUUUGUAAUUGUUGUUGUUUUACGUCAUAUUGUAAGUGCAGAAGUUGAAGAACACUCUGGAAAGUGUUUCUUUUUUUUUUUUGUAUCAAGAAUAACGUACAGUUUUCACAGUUACAAGCUGAUUGUCACAACUGUGGAAAGAGGUUGAGUUUAAACAAACCCAGCAGAUGCCGUCGAUUAGAAGAUUGAAUGCAGACGACACAUUUGAGGUGUUAAGUAUGUCUGAUGACAGAAGUCCACGUUGGCUUCGGCAGAUAUUUGGUGAUGUCAGUCGACAGUCCACUGGCAAACAGCUGGCUAUAGGGGGUGUCUCAGGCUGGUGUGCAGGUUAUUUAUUCAGUAAGAUCGGGAAAGUAGCUGCUGCAGCGAUGGGAACAAGUAUGAUACUGUUACAGAUUGCACAGUAUAACGGUUACAUCCAGAUAAACUGGAACAGAGUGGAGAGAAGUGUGACUGAAGCCAAGGAGAGAUUCGACCGAGGAAGCACCAGAAAUUUACCAGCAUAUUUUGAAUCUGUUCAUGAUUUUCUCAGACAGAACAUGUUUGUCGCCGGAGGUUUUGCUGGUGGUUUUCUGCUUGGAAUUGCGACAUGACGUCACAGGGGAAUCCUCCUAGUUACUGUCGACUAAUUUAAUGUAUUUGGUUUGAUGUCUUUGCUUUUUUCCAUUUUUGUACAUACCUUAAGUUGUUUGAGAUUUUGACUAUACGGCAUUGUUAACUUGUAGAAAUCGGUGAGUGUUUUCAAGGGAGGCGAUCGCAUAAGGGCGAGCUGGCAAAUAUUUGACAAGUGGCACAAAUCAUGAUGUUAUGAUUAAUAAAUUACCUAAUUAAAUAGGCAAGAAGAACGUGAAGAACUAUCAAGCUACACAGCUUCCUGCUUACCACUUUACAAAACCCCUGAUUAUUUCUGUUGCUUUAUUUUCAUUGUGCCACUUUUAUACCUACUACCGUAUCUCUUUUGUAAACUAGUCAGCUGAACAAAAAAUACCACACAGUUGUCUGCUCAGAUUCUCUGAUAAGCAGGCCUACAGCGUGAUACUCUCAGAUGGCAGUAUUGUUUGCAGGUGAUCUGCAGAGAGGCAAAGAGACAUGACUGUUAAAAUACAUGUACAGAUUAUUUGAAUGCAUAUGUGUAUGUCACAAAUUAACAAAUAAGUAUUAUUCUUAUGACAGUGUAUAUAUAUGCUUGUGUAACAUUUAUUUUUUAAUCUUUCAUGUAUAUAAGGAGUUUUUUCUAUUUGUGCUGAUCAAAUUUAGUAGGGAAUUUUGCUUGUGAAUGUGUGAACAAUGAAUUUUAAUUCUUGUUGUAGUUAAUAUAAAAUUUCUUUCAUGUCCAAGUUAUUCAGUUUGCCUGAUUCAGAAGGCUCUAUGCAUUGCACAU